GACAAACAGCAGCAAAACUCCUAACAUGUUAGUUAUCUUUAAUUAAAUAUGAUCUGAGAUUAUAUCCGGAUUUUAAUGGAGACGAACUCAAAAGCCUCCGCGGGACGAGAGAAGCUGGAGAGGAAACUACAGGAGGAGGAGCAGCAGAGAAGGAGGAUGCAGGACACAGCCGCACAGUUGCAGACGGGUCUAGAAGCCAAUCGUCUGCUCAUCCAGUCUGUCUCUCCCCGUCCUCAUAAAUCCAGCAAAAUCAAGCAGAAGAAAAUCUCAUCAAAGAAGACACACUCGCCACAACCGCAUUACAGACUGAGUCUGGGAGAUGUGCCGUUUGUGACCGGGACGUCAACAGCUUCCAGUCACUCAGUGAGGGCGAAUGUCCAGCACGUCCUCCACCUGAUGAAGCAGCAUCAGCCUCAGCUGUGUAAUGAGCAAGUGUUGGGUGGCGGCUGCACUUCCGCUUCCUCUUCCUCCAUUUCCUCUUCCUGUUCCUGCAGUGAGGAUCUGUCAGAGCUGCUGCUGACGCUGCAGGAUGAGCUCGGACACAUGAGCUUUGAGCAGCAGGAUUUGUCCAGACAGCUGCAGUCCUGCUCUUCAGUUCUCCGUCAGGAUCUGGAGCUGCAGAUGGAGAAUCUGCUGAAGAGGAUGGAGAAUAAAGCAGAGCAGAUCUCUAAACUCCGCCGCUGCCAGACACAGUGCUGUAAACAGAGUAGAGCAGUGUGCAGCGGUGGAUCAGGAGGAUCUGCAGCAGUGAUGACGCUGAAACACAAACCUGGAGACAGAAGUCGAGACAGUCUGCGUCUGCUCAAAGACCUGCGCUCGCUGCAGAACACACUGCGCUCAGACCACACACUCUGACACACACACACACACACAUAUAUAUAUAUAUAUAUAAAAACUAAACCAUGUACAGUGGUCAGGUCAAAAAGAUCGACAGUGUGUGUUUCUCUCUCUCUCCGUGGAUUAGACAUUUAUUUUCAGGACAAUUAAAGCAUAGUUGAUCUAUUAACACAAGUGUGUGUGUGUGUGUGUAGUGUUAGAUCAUUAUUGAAAUGUAAGAAAUGGAACAAAACAGGGUCUUAUUUUACGUGAUGUAAUUAAUUUAAUGCACAUUUAAUUUUUCUUUUUUAUUCCACGUUAUUUCUCAUCAUCCUGAGUGUGGGAAUCCACAGUUCAGAUCUUUGUAUCUUCACUUGUGUUGGUUUGCCUCUCAGGUUUGAUCAUUAGUUUCUGAACGUUGAGCUGAACAGAAUCUGCUGAAUGAAGAUGAGUUGAGUUUGUGAUGUCAGAUGUUUUCAAGAUGUUUUAUUUUGUGUUGAAGAUAUUUCUAAAUGCAGGAGAAAGGAAAAGAGCUGAAAUGGCUGACGUUCAGCUGCUUCUACCUCACUGUGAACCGCUGUAUGUUUGGUUGUUUUCAGCCUUCCAGGUUAAAAUCUGUAUUUUUAACAUUCCAAAAACCGACUUGUGUUUGAGCAACUGUGGCCUUUUAUCAUCAUGUUUACAGGUUUUUUUUCACAAAUCUUUUUCCCAUGUGAAAAAAAAAUACACAUUUUAUUGAAUAUUGCGUCUUUUGUGUUUGUGUUUGUGUUUGUGUGUGUGUGUGUGUGUGUGUGUGUGUGUGUUAAACGCUGGUGCUCAGACUCUUGCUGUGUUUGUUUGAGUGUCUUUGAAAAUGUUUGAAAUAUUUAUUUUUGCAGCACUGAAUAAAAGCAAAAC